UCUAGACCGUCGGUGCCUGAACAGGGGGGAGGGCACGAGUCUACGCGGGUCCAGGCCUUUUGCUGCUGGUUCUGGACUUUUUGGGGCUGAUGAGCUGUGGCUGCUAUUUUAGGUCACGUGUGGUGAUGACUAAGAAGGGGGACAAACAGAGCAAACAUGCCCGCGGCGGAGGUGGGAUGGUUCCCCUAUGACUCCGAAUGCUUGGCGGAGUUUUUGUGCCUUUCCUGGAAAAAGAAAGAAGAAUCACAGGCUGUGUUGGGAACGGUGUUGUCGGCUGUUCUGUUUUUUUUUUUUUUAUUUUUCCCCGUCGGUAUUUCGAAUCGCGCAUUCAUCUUGGGUGAAAUUUGUCCUAGGACGCGAAAAGCUUCUUAUUUGAAGGGAGGGGUGGAAAAAAAAAACUAAGUCACCAUAAUCAAUGGGUCCGAAGCAAAAAGGCGGAGGUGGGAAGCAGAGGGGAAAUGCAGCGGAGGAGGUAGAGGAGACUCUGCAGGCAGUUGUCCUUGCAGACACCUUCGAGACGAGAUUCGAGCCCUUUACCCUCGACAGACCUAGGUGUCUAUUGCCCCUUGCGAACACCCCGUUGAUCGAAUAUACCCUGGAAUUCCUCGCCAAUGCAGGUGUCGAAGAGGUGUUUUUGUAUGGAGGGGCUCAUUCAGACAAACUGGAGAAAUACAUCAAUGCGUCGAAAUGGAGAGCGCCGUCAUCGCCCUUUAAACAACUGAAUUUCCUUAAGUCUACGUCUACCUCUGUGGGAGAUGUUAUGCGGGACCUCGAUGGAAAGCAUCUCAUCACUGGCGACUUCAUUGUUGUCAGCGGUGAUGUUAUUAGUAACCUGCCUAUUGAAGGCGCAUUGGCCAGACACCGUGCUCGCCGCGAGUCCGACAAGAAUGCGAUCAUGACCAUGAUCCUGAGAGAAGCCGGCCGGAACCACCGCACAAAGUCGUCGUCCGUCUCGCCCGUGUUCGUCGUCGACCCAACCAAGGACCGUUGUUUGCAUUACGAAGAAAUCGAUCAUCACAGCACAGAGCACUCGCCACGCUUGAACAUUGACACCGAGAUCAUGCUAUCCCACUCCGAACUUGAUAUUCGACAAGACUUGAUCGACUGCAACAUUGAUAUCUGUACCCCCGAUGUGCUGAGUUUGUGGUCCGACAGCUUCGACUACCAGACUCCCCGGAAGCAGUUCUUGUAUGGUGUGCUUAAGGAUUAUGAGCUGAAUGGAAAGACAAUCCACACCCACGUCAUCAAGGAAAACUAUGCUGCAAGAGUACGAAACCUGAAGGCAUACGAUGCUAUUAGCAAGGAUAUUCUCGCGAGAUGGACAUACCCCUUAUGCCCAGACACCAACUUGCUUCCCGGCCACACUUAUGACCUCCGGAAGGGUAACCUGUACCAAGAACAAGGCGUGACUCUGGCUCGAUCCUGUGUCGUUGGCCGUCGGACAGUCAUCGGUCAAGGUACAAGCAUCGGUGAUAAGAGCACAGUGAAAAACACAGUCCUUGGACGGAACUGCAAGAUCGGCAAGAACGUCACCCUGGAUGGUGCUUAUAUCUGGGAUGGGGUUGUUAUUGGUGAUGGAACGAACGUCCAACAAGCUAUUAUCGCCCACAAGGCUGUUGUUGGAAAGAACUGCACGGUCAAAUCUGGAGCUCUUCUCUCAUACGAUGUGAAGAUCGCCGACGGAGUGACCGUUGGUGAAGGAAGACGCGUAACCAAAGCCCCGAAGGAAGAUGGAACUGAGGUCGCAGAUGACCCUGGAGUGGUUGGUGAAGGAGGCGAGGGCUACGAGUACAUCCGCGACGAAGAUGAGGAUGAUGAAGAUGAUAAUGCAAGCAAUGCCUCGUCGGGAUUGGUUUACAAUAUGGGCCAGCUUUCUCUUUCUACAGAUUCCAUCUCUACCCUAUCCUCCGAGGUAUCAGAUUUCGGCGGAUCUCGAGCAAGCUAUGACUCCGACUCUGAUGAGGAGGGCGGAAACGAGAACUUCGUCCAAGAUGCUGCUGCCAGCGUCUACGACAGUUUGCGGGACGGCGUUACUUCGGAUGUUGUACAACUGGAGCUGGUCAGUUUGCGAAUGACGGCCAAUGCCUCAGACCAUGAAGUGCGGCGAGCCGUUGUGUCGGCCUUUAUGAAGUGGGCCCAGCAACUGAUAGACGGCGGCAAGGGAGCUGGUGAGGCAGUCCGGGAAAUCUUUGGCAAGUACCGUGAGAUUGUCGACCGGUCUAUCUUCGAUCGGGACAGCGCUGCGAAGCCAGACCAAGUCGACCUGUUGGUUCUUCUUCAGCAGGAUCUCGCCCAGCGCAACAAGGGUGACAUGGUUCUCCUGUUCACCGCAAAGGAGCUGUAUGAUCUGGAGAUCGUGGACGAGGAAGCAUACGAGCAGUGGUGGGACGAUGAGCGAUCCAGCAACAGCGAAGAGAUGAAGAAGGUGCGGGCUCAAACCCAGCAGUUUGUGGAUUGGCUUGCAAAUGCCGAGGAAGAGGAAAGCAGCGAGGAAGAAGAUGACGAUGACGACGAUGACGAAGAAGAAGAAGAAGAAAGCGAGGAGGAAUGAAUUAAAUAGAAUAGAAAAAUGCGUUAUGUUUGAAUGAAAGAUCAAAAAAGUUAUUACCAAAAUCUCCCUGGCAGAUGGAUGCCUUCAAGGCUGCGAUUGAUGAUGUAGGGAUCGACAGUACAGAUAAAAAUAAUAUGGGGUUGGAUGUGAUUCAUAGCAAUAGCAGGUGAUAGUUGCCUGGAAAGAAACAGUAUUUUACCAGCCUUUGUAAUAAUGAGAGGUCAGGUCAUCUGCGUCUGUCACACCCUUGACUCUUGAUUUCUUCAUCCUCGAACCUUUCAACGUCUUCAUCUUUUCUUCUUCCAUCUUGGGCUUGAAGUCUUUUGGUUUGACUGGCUGACAUCAUCUCUCUUCUACUGGCCCUGUGCCUCUUGGGUAGUAACUAGGGCGUGUUGUUCUCCAG